UCAAAAAUUUAAUAGAUCCGUAUUUACAUUGAAUGUACUUCUACAUCACACUUAAAAGUUAGGCUAAUGUUGUGAGAAGUGAAGUAAAUCCACUCUGAAUCAUAAAUUAGCUAAUCUAUUUACAUAUCUAUGCAAAAUGUAGAGUGUGUAAACACUACGCUUUAUCAUAUUACCGCUAAUCUGGACUUGGCAUAGUUAAUUUAACUUAUAAACCAAAGUGAAUUUAUUUUACGAAAGGGUAACAUUAUCUUUAAGAGUGUACAUACAUACAUAUGCACAAUUUUUUCAGAUGAACAUACUUAUAAAGAAAUAAAAAUCAAGCAAAAUGUGUGACGACGAAGUUGCAGCUUUGGUUAUUAUUGACAAUGGAUCUGGCCUUUGCAAAGCUGGCUUUGCUGGGGAUGAUGCUCCGAGGACUGUGUUUCCUUCAAUCGUAGGUCGACCGCGUUUCAAGGGAUAUUCACCCACCGACACUUGGACAAUUGAGUCAUACGUUGGAAAUGCAGCUCAAGAAAAACGACACAUCCUAACCUUAGAGUACCCCAUCGAACGCGGAAUCAUCAGCGACUGGGACGACAUGGAGAAAAUCUGGAAUUACGCUUUCUACAAUGAGCUCCGCGUCGCACCAGAAGAACAUCCCGUCCUUCUCACCGACUCUGCUAUGCACCCCAAGCAGCAAAGGGAGAAGAUGACACAAAUCAUGUUUGAAACGUUCAAUUGUCCUGCAAUGUACGUCUCUAUGCAAGGCAUCCUCGCCCUCUACGCAUCUGGUAGGACUACUGGAGUCGUUCUAUAUUCCGGUGACGGUGUGACCCAAACGGUCCCAGUGUACAAUAAUAAUAUCGUUCACGAAGCAGUAUUCCGACUGGACCUUGCUGGCAGAGAUUUGACUGAUUUUCUUAUGAAACUUCUUUUCGUUGAGAACAAACACCCAUUCACCACGACUGCAGAACGCGAAAUUGUACGAGUCGUGAUGGAGAAGAAAUGCUACGUUGCCCUUGACUUUGACCAAGAACUUUCUGCGAGCUCAUCUUCGAUAACAGAGUUCUAUGAACUUCCCGACGGCCAAGUUAUCAAGAUUGAGAGUGAGCGAUUCCGUUGCACAGAAGCACUCUUCCAGCCCUCCAUUUUAGGAGUAGAUGGUGACGGCGUUCACGAAAUGGUGAACAAAUCCAUCCUGCAUUGCGGCGAAGAUAUCCGAAAUGACCUCUACGGUAAUAUUAUCCUAGCCGGUGGUACUUCAAUGUUCAAAGGGUUUGCUGAUCGUAUGAAGAAGGAGAUUGGGGCCUUGGUAUGAACAGUUUAUCAUCUGCUAAACUAUCUGUCGAAAUAGUUUCGUAAAUACGAAACAUUGUGAGAUAAUGAAAUAGUUAAUAGUUAAUAUUAUCGCUCCCCCAGAAAGGAAGGACUUCAUUCAAUGCAUAUUAUUUUUGACAAAAUUUCACAAUCUCAUAAAUUGGUGCAUAAAUUCAUAGAAUUUUAUAUUUGCUUUUUAAAAUCCUACUAUCCACCGAUCCGUAAUAAAAAGUGACGAUGGGUUCAAUAAAUUAUAA